UAGAGCUCAGGUAAUGGUACUUCCAUGGCAUUCUUUAGUCUGCCUUGAAGAAGACGGGAAGAAUGGAGAAACGCGGACUAGUAGUAACAAAGACGUCUCAAUCCCGCAGCGCGCUUGGUGCUGCGGCCCUAGCGAAGCGAGUCCAUGAGGCAGCUGCAGCUCCGAGCUCCAAUGAAUCGACUACAAACUUGUCUGUUCAACUGUCACGAGCAUUCCUAUCGUACCCGAUCAUCUCCUCUUUCGUAGUUUCUCUGGAUUACGCAGUCAUCUAGGUUUCUGUAGGCAAUAUUGGUUUACACAUCAACAUCAUACUUUUGUGAAUCCAACGGUUAUCUUUCAAUCAACCUUUCGCCAUGGCGAAGCUCAAACAACGAAUGUUUCUGGUGCUCGUUCUCCUCUCCCUCGCCUGUUUCUCGCACCUCCCCCUCGCAUCCGCCGGUGCACCCAAACGAGUCACUCGCACGCAACAGGCGCACGGCGAAUUCCGUCGUCAGCGCCAGCUGACCGAACAGUGGGAGGGCAGCGCCUCGGCCCAGGGCCAAGAGAUUCCGAUUAAGUACUGGGGCGGUCCCGUGAUGACCGGAAACCCGUCCGUGAACGUGUAUAUAAUCUACUACGGCAGCUGGCCGGCUGGAUCGGGACAGGGUGUGAUUGGGAAUUUCAUUCGGUCGCUGAGUGGGGACUCGAGCUGGCAGGGGGCUCCAGCGGAGGCCAAGGUGAAGCUCUGGUGGGCGAUCAACAGGCCAUACUCUCAGGACGUGGAUGGCGAGAUGAAGAACGUCAGCAGGAAGGUGCGACUGGCCGGAAUUGCCUACGAUGAUUACUCGGCGGGAGACAGUUUUGAAGACGGAACCGUUUGGGAAGUUGUUUCAAGCAAGAUUGGCGACGGAAAUGAAUUUCCGUACGACCCCCAGGGCAUAUACUUGCUUCUCACCAGCAAGGAUGUUAUCAACCCAGGUUUCUGUACCCAAUACUGCGGAUGGCACACCAUGGGAUAUAUGGAGUCGGACGCGGUGGUAUACUCGUAUGUGGGUCAUCCCGGGCAGUGCCCGGGUAGCUGCGGGGUUCGUAGCACUUCCCCCAACGGGAAGCCGGCGAUCGAUGCGAUGCUUUCGGUCAUCGCGCAUGAAGUCGCAGAGGCCGCGACCGACCCCGACGUUCAAAGCGGAUGGUUUGACGACGAAGGCGAGGAGAACGCGGACAAGUGCGGCUGGGGUUACGGCUCCACGAAAACGGGUCGCGACAAUCGCGGCAAGACUUACGAGUACAAUCUGGUCGGGAUGAAUGGCAUGCGGUUUCUGAUCCAGCAGAACUGGGACUUGCUGAAGAACGAGUGCGUCAUGCAGAGGAAGUAGGGAAGAUUCGGAGUGACUCUCACACUCGGAGGAAUCGAGAAACGCGAACGAUCGGCGUGGCUCUCAGUCGACUCAAAUCCUGACGGAUUGGGGAUUCAACAGAGGCUACGGACACCUUCAGCGAGGAAUCUGAUUACAGUUGAUGCUCGCUUGGAUCUCAUCAUGAAAUAUAUAUAAUAUAUCAUGCUUAUAUGCCGAUGUACCUAUUUCCUAUCACAUUUUGCCCACCGUCUACUA